AUGCGACGUUUCGAUACCAGCCUGGGAAACAGACUGUCAUUGCACGCCCCCCCCUCUUCUUGGUGUAUUCUUCCACCCACCCCUCCCAGGCCCCAGUAUUCUCCCGCACAAGCCCUCCCCCCUCCCCAGUCAGAGAAUCCCAGUGGCCCCACUUCCGUCCGCAGGUCCCAAGAUACGACUGGCUCUUCACAUAAACGCCACAACCCUGGCCCAACGCCUCGGUCUGCAUUUACGAAAGAUGAGAGACGAGGCUCAGAAUCCCUCCUUUUUGCACGGGCUGAUGGGCGGAAGGGAGGCGGAGACGAAGCAAGGCGACUGGCUCUUCAAGUCUCAGCAGACGGACGCCAGGCCGGCCACCAGCUUUCUUUGCAGCCUUGUCCACAGCCGCAGCCAUUCGGUCUUGGAUUCGAAGAGGGCUAG